AUGGCGGGCUUGCGCGUGUCGGGGCAGACGCUCGCGGAUGUGCGCAUGGUGGUCUUUGGCGCGGGGAGCGCGGGCGUGGGCAUCGCGGACCAGGUGCGCGACGCCAUCGCCGCUGAGGGCGGCAUCAGCCACGACAAGGCCGCCGAGCAGAUAUGGCUCAUCGACAAGCCCGGCCUCGUCACCACGGACACCGACCCGUCCCCCGCGCAGCGCCUCUACGCCAAGGACGCCUCCUCCUGGACCGGCCGCGACGUCUCCCUCCUCGGCAUCGUGCAGGCCGUGCGCCCCAACGUCCUCAUCGGCACGUCGACCGUCCCGGGCGCCUUCACCGAGGAGAUUGUGCGUGCCAUGGCCGCGCACUGCCCGCGCCCCAUCAUCCUCCCGCUCUCCAACCCCACGCGCCUCCACGAGGCCAAGCCCGCCGACCUGCUCGCCUGGACGCGCGGCAAGGCCCUCGUCGCGACGGGCUCGCCCUUUGCGCCCGUGACGGGGCCGUGGGGCAUCACAAGCACGAGCGACGGCAACGACGACGAGGGGCAGGGAGGACACGACGUGACAGUCGAGGUCGCCGAGUGCAACAACUCGGUCGUCUUCCCGGGCAUCGGGCUGGGCUGCAUCCUCUCGCGCGCCAGCCGCCUCACCGACCGGAUGCUCGUCGCCGCGGUGCGCGCCGUCGCCGACAUGAGCCCCGCGAGGGACGACGCCACGGCGCCGCUCCUGCCGGACGUGCGGGAGGUGCGCGCCGUGAGCGUGCGCGUCGCCUGCGGCGUCAUCCGCGCGGCCGUGGAGGAGGGCCUGGCGACGGAGCAGGGCAUCCCGCGGGACGACGCGGACCUGGAGGAGUGGGUGCGCGAGCAGAUGUGGGAGCCGCGGUAUCGGCCCCUGAGGAGGGUGGGCAUGGAGGGCGCGACGCGUGCGGCGAGGGGCGAGCUGCGCAAGGCGGGCACAGUGAAUAGGGCGGAUGAGCUGUGA